AUGAAUUACUUAACCAAAUUUUCCCAUCCAAAAAGAUUUCGUUGGAAAUGGUACAGUACCGGUCUUGCAGACAAUUCAACACAAACUGCAAGAGUGGUAAUUGCUGGAGCAGGCUUGGUAGGUAAUUCGGUGGCAUACCAUUUGACUGAGAAUGGUUGGACUAACGUCGUGGUACUGGAUCAACACAAAAUAGGAAGUGGCACAUCGGAUUUCGGGUCGGGAACCAUAGGAUUAUUUAAGCCUACCCCGGAACGUAACAUUAUAAUGGAGAGUGUUAAAUUAUACGAACGGUUACAACGUGCUGGUCAUAAUGUGGGUUUACAAAAAUGUGGCAGCCUUAAUCUAGCUCAAACGCACGAUCGAGUGACAGCGUUUAAGCGAAGAAUAGCGUACAACGUACCGACAGGGCUAUUUUGCGAAUUUAUUGAUGCAGAAACAGCCAAGCAAUUACAUCCUCUUCUAAACGUGGACGAUAUUCAAGGGGCCGUACACGUACCUGAUGAUUGCGUUGCCGACCCAGCAUUGGUACUAAAGGUGCUUGCUACUUUAUCUAAGCAAAAAGGUGUCAAAUAUUUUGAAGGAUGUGAAGUAAAAUGGGUUAACACUAAAGGGGGUCGUAUUGACAGUGUUGAUACAGAUAUUGGAACAAUCAAAUGUGAAUACUUCAUCAAUUGCAGUGGAAUGUGGGCCCGUGAAUUGGGAUUAAAGUGCAAAAAGCCAGUGUGUAUUCCUGCAUAUCCUGCGCAGCAUUUUUAUGCUCUUUCAGCAAAUUUAGAUCUUCCGGUUAAUAGCCUUCUACCGUGUAUUCGUGACUACGAUUCUAACAUGUACGCUAGACAGUACGGCGGAGAAAUGUUGAUUGGUUGGUUUGAGAAAGAAGCAAUACCUGCUUUCGAAAAUACAAAGGAUAUUCCUAAAGGCUGGAAAGCGUAUUUAUCGCAAAAUAUGAAAGAUCAUUGUACACCACUAUGGGAUAAAGCAUUAGAUCGAAUGCCUUCACUAAAAGAUACAGCCCAACCAAAGAUUACAAAUAGUCCAGAUAAUUUUACUCCCGACGGGCGAUGGAUUUUUGGUGAAACUGCUGAAGUUAAAAACUACUACGUCGCUUGUGGUCUGAAUGGAAAUCCUUUACAAGGCUCUGGUGGCGUUGGAAAGGCUCUUGCCGAAUGGAUUGUGGCAGGAACACCUACGAUAGAAAUGUUACCCUUUAAUAUACAGCGAUUCUUAGAUCUCCACAAUAACCGACAGUAUCUGCAAAACCGUAUAAGAGAAGUUGUGGGGCGACAAUACGCUAUUCUGUACCCAAAUCAGAGUGAGUACAAAUUCUCGCGAAAACUGCGUUGUUCUCCAUUGUACAGUGUUCUGGAAACACGAGGGGCGGUGUUUGGAACAAAAAUGGCUUACGAGAGGGCGCUGUACUUUGAUACUGACUAUAAGCGGGGGAAUCCUCCUCCAACAAUGCCACCGGGCAGUUUUUAUAAACCAAAAUUUUUCAAUUUUAUGGAAAAAGAAUAUUUCGCAUGUGCGCAACAUGUCGGCAUAAUAGAUAUAUCAUCUUUUUCCAAGAUUGAAAUCCAGCCUGGUGUGCAGAGCAGUAUCCACGGGAACAGUGUUCUUGAUUAUUUACAAAAAAUGUGUGCUAAUGAUGUUAACAUUCAAAUCGGUCACAUCGUCCAUACUGGUAUGUUAAAUGAACGUGGCGGAUAUGAGAACGAUUGUAUGCUUAUACGUCAGAGUAAUGAUCAUUACUUUAUGAUAUCGCCAUCAUCCCAACAGACCAAAAUCUAUGAAUGGAUGUCACGAAAUCUUCCACAGGAUGCUAGUGUUAAACUUAAUGACGUUACAUCGAUGUACACUGUCCUUAACGUGGUGGGACCGAAGUCAACCCAACUCAUGAGUGAACUAUCCAAUUCAAAUGUAAAGUUACAACCUUUUACGUAUCGAAAAAUAAAUGUUGGCUUCGCAAGUGACGUGAUGAUCAUGACUUUUACACACACAGGAAUGCCAGGAUACUGCUUGCACGUUCCGUCCGAAUACGCGUUGCAUGUUUACGACAGGUUGAUGACAGUGGGACGCGACUAUGGAGCGCGAGAUGUUGGCACGUUAACUCAACGCUUCUUAAGAAUCGAUAAAUUUAUUCCCUUCUGGGGCGACGAACUAACCAGUAUGACAACUCCUCUCGAGGCCGGCGUUUUUUACUCAGUACGAUUGGAUAUUUCACAAUUGAAGAAAAAAGAGAAUUUCGUGGGAAGAUCUGCCCUUGAAAAACAGAAACAAGAAGGACUAAAAAAGCGUUUGGUUCUGUUUCAUCUGGAGGAUAUUGAUAUUGAAAAGGAUGUCUGGCCUUGGGGUGGUGAACCUAUCUAUCGCAAUGGCGAGUAUUGCGGUACCGUUACGUCCGCGGGGUAUGGAUUUGCUUCGGAAAGGCUAGUAUGUUUGGGUUAUAUCAGUCGAUCGCAGCGAGAUGUAUCGAAAGUAAUAACUACUGAAUUUAUUAUGGACAAAAACGCAGUAUAUCACAUCGACAUCGCCGGUAGACUGUUUCGUCUAAAGCAACACGUCCAUCCAAAGGCGACGUUGGCAAAAGCAAUGGAAGAACGUGAACAACGUAAGACUUAUCGACCAACAGUCUUAAAAGUUAAAAAGCAAUUUCAAGCGUGA